AUGGCAAGCUAUAGAGCGUCCAGUCAAAGAAGGGUGAAGACACCAGCAGAGGAGGUUGCCGAUAUGGACGACCUCUUAACAGAAAUCCUCCGACGAUUACCUACGAAAACUCUGUUACAGUUCAAACUCGUUUCAAAACAAUGGCUGUCGCUUAUAUCCAGCCCCGAGUUCAGCAUUUCCCAUACUCGCUUCCUCCUCAAUGAAGGCCUUCUCAAACCUUCGGCACUCUUUCUCGAUGUUAUCUACAAACAACCACCUACGAAGUUCGUGUUCCUUCCUUUGAACCGCGACACCAAACAACUCCCGCUCUUGGAUUUCAUGAAUGCCCCUGACAUCAAAAUAAUGCAAUCUUGCACUGGUUUGCUUCUUUGCACUUGUGAUUACGGUAAUCAGAAUUAUUUUAUCUGUAACCCUGUGAUCAAGAAAUUCAAGAUGAUCUCUCUUCCAAGGCCUCCAAUGCUGGAAUAUCAGCUUGUUGGUGUUAAUCUUGCUUUUGACCCUCGCAAAUCACCUUAUUAUAAGAUUAUUUCUAUUUGGCAGGAAGUUUUCCUCGAGAAAGACGAGGAAAACAAUUGCUUACGUCAUAUGACUUCUAAUUUUUCUAUGGACAUAUACUCAUCAGAGACAGAUUCUUGGAGUGUAUCGAAAAUCAAAUUCACUUCAGAGGUCGCUAUACAGUUCGACCAUGCUGUUUUCCUUAACGGUGCGAUCCAUUGGGAUAGCACUGCUAGAGAGUCGCUAUACUUUGAUGUGGGGACCGAAUGCUUGAUGCCGAUGCCAAUGCCAAAGCUACGUAGGCGGUAUAGCGGUCCUCGAUAUUUUGGGGAGUCCGGAGGCUAUUUGCAUCUUGCCGUUGGACGAAAGCCUGCUUGGCGUUUAAUAUUUCGAGUUUAUGAAUUGAUAGAGAAUUACUCGCGUUGGUUUAUCAUGUACCGUGUUGAUUUUGAAGCUGAAAUGCAAAGUUUCAACCUUAUACCUCCUUACAGAAAUUAUAAUCUUUUCUGUCUGACUGUGCUCUGUGAUGAGAACAAAGGAGAUUCAGUGGUUGCAGUACUUGAAAGUGGUAUGACACUAUAUUACAAUCUCAGGGAUGAGGAAAUGGAGGUGAUGGAAGUACGGACAGAUGGUCCUAAGGCAAACAAUUAUCUGUUCGAUCGUGCAAGCUUAAAUGGCCUCCAAUUCAAUGUAGAGGUCGUAAGUCAGACCAUUUUUUCUUGGCAGGACUAUCAGGUUGUAACAGGAAGUUCUCUAGUAAAUUAUGUCCUUUCACCAACAAUCAUUGACCUCGGCUUUCUGGCUGUUGCUCUUGCUGCUUUAAGCAGCCAGAAUCCUGGUGUCAUUACAAUAGCAAAUGCAGCGUUUGGAUCAGACCCAUCCAUUAAUCCUGAUCUUCUAGCCAAGGCCUUUUAA